AUCAAGGGAACCCUAGCUGGACAGUGAGAGAAAGAGAGCGUUGGAUUUCGCCGGCCGGAGAAUAGAAAAUCCUCAACCCACGACGGCACGAUGCAUCUCCAUGAAAUUCAGACUCUGUGAUCAGGAACGGAGAAUAUAGAUUCCUCUACCCACUGCCCAACUCAGUUUGAAAAAGAACAAUAACCAGUAGCCUACAGCGAGGAAGGCUUAAACCAAGUGCUGUCUUCCUCAAAAUUGAAUCAGGUCAACCUUGAAAUGCAGAAAUCAGGAAACGCCAAGAGGGAAAUGACUCUGCCAAGCAAAGCUGCAUCUGAUUUCAAAUUCAACAGCGGUGCAAAAUCCGAAGAAGACGAAGAUGUCACCAUCUUUUUCCGUUUGCAUCGACAAAUCUUUGAUUAUACAAAAGACGUUGCAACCCUUGAAGACAAGUGGUUUUCUAUUUCAACACGGCACGCGUCUCCCCAUAAAGAUGGAGAUAAAUUCCUCCCCCCGAUCACUAGGGAGCCAGAUCAACAGUAUUACGAUUUUUGUCCUACUCCUCCAUUUGCCGUAGGGCCUUAUCUAUUCACCAUCCGUGUUGUAGACGACGAGACGGAUGAAGACGCAAUUUCACGGCGUGUGUUCUAUCUUGACACGCGAAAUAUCAAGGAUGGGUGGAAGGAAGCUCCUCGCCCGCAGGGUAUUGAAACCUGCAAUUACUGCUUCUUUCAGGCCAAUGACAAUAUUUAUGCACUGGGAGUCUUUGAGGAAUUCUUGUUCGACUUAAAGUGUCUUGAUUGCCAUGAAUUGAGUAAAGGCUGGCAGUCCUUAUCUUCCAUUAGUGAUGAACUCUCAGACUCCCCGCUCGGCUUUUGCCUCUAUGCAUUCAAACUUGAAUAUGCAACUACUGCCGAGCCUGCUACUAGUAAAAUUUGUCAUGCUACGCGUGCCGUGAUUUUCUUAUUGGGCAGACGGAUUUCCUAUGAUUUUGAGAGCAAUAGUUUUGAUGUGUCUGAGUCGCACAUUGGGCACAAGUUUUACUGCAGAGGUGUUGGUGUUGGGGAUUUGAUUUACUUUUUGCGUGAUAAUCAACCAAAUAAAAGAGCCAUCCUCAUGGCCUACAAUGACCGUCUCCACAAAUGGUACCCAACUCCAGUUCUUGGUUUGGACAACUCUAAUCAUGCUUUGCCAGUGGGCUAUAAACUAUAUCGACGUUUUAUAGUGGAAUAUCCCCCUGCAAAAUUGUUGGUCAUACGCGAAGGACGUCUCUGUAUUCUUUGGGCUGAUAUUCGCUCUGAUGUCACUCAAAUUCACUGUACCAAAUUUAAUGUUCACGUGAAAGAUGAGCAACCACAUGCUGUUAAUGUGUCCACCCAAGUGUACAGAGUCAAGGGUUUUCAUACUGAAAAUUUAGAGGCCGUUUUUAGUAGCAGCGAGACGAUACGGCAAUUCCUGGAAAGAGAAAGCUCACAGGCUGGUAGGCCGUCCGAGAGCCAGCCCGGUAAAGCGCAUAAAGGCAAAGGCGUGAGAAGGCAAUGCAAUGGGUCAAGCUAGACGGCGACUAUGAAUCAAUAGAUGGUAGCGUUCACGUCCCGUGUCUCUAUUAAAUAUGAAUUCGUAAGGUAAUCAUAAUUCAAGUGAUGUGAACGAAUGAUAUGUAAUUAUGUUCAACCCGUAGCGUUCGAUGCGUUGAGGAUCUCAUUAGACAUUAGGAGCGGGGGUGAAUUUGGCGUCUCCUCUAUUAGUUAAUCACUU